CGCGCCCGCCCGGGGCCGCAGACGGCCAGCAGCGCAGCCCAGCCGAGCCUCGCGGGGCCGCCCCAGCCCGAGGACCCCGGGCCUGCGACCCCCGCGGCUCGCACCCCACUUUCUAGGACCCCUAGGAGGACGCGCCGCGCUCCCCGCGGCCGCCGCGCGCGUUCCAGGGCUCCGGAGGUGACGGGCACAAUGCUUUGGGUCCUGGUGGGGGCUGUUCUCCCUGUCAUGUUGCUGGCUGCCCCGCCACCCAUCAACAAGCUGGCCCUGUUUCCGGACAAGAGUGCCUGGUGUGAGGCCAAGAACAUCACACAGAUUGUGGGCCACAGCGGCUGUGAGGCCAAGUCUAUCCAGAACAGGGCGUGCCUAGGACAAUGUUUCAGUUACAGUGUCCCCAACACCUUCCCGCAGUCCACAGAGUCCCUGGUGCACUGUGACUCCUGCAUGCCGGCCCAGUCCAUGUGGGAGAUUGUGACCUUGGAGUGCCCUGGCCACGAGGAGGUGCCCCGAGUGGAUAAACUGGUGGAGAAGAUUGUACACUGCAGCUGCCAAGCUUGCGGCAAGGAGCCCAGUCACGAGGGCCUGAACGUCUACGUGCAGGGUGAAGACGGGCCGGGCUCCCAGCCUGGACCACACUCCCACGCCCAUCCCCACCCUGGUGGCCAAACCCCCGAGCCUGAGGAACCUCCUGGAGCCCCUCAGGUUGAAGAAGAGGGGGCUGAGGACUGAGGGCCCCCAACUCUUCCUCCCCUCUUGUCCCCUGUGGAAUGUUGUGUCCCACCCUCCAGGGAAGAGGGAGGGGAUAGGCAGAAGCCUCCCCUUCCCCUUUGGCAUUGGAUGGACUUGGAAUGCUGCCUGGUUGCCAUGGAGAUCUGACGGGAGGGGCUGGAGCCAAGCCGCACAAUUUAAUAUAUGCAAGAUGGGGGGAGGAAGCAAACAUCCUCGGGACUUUUCUUUUGGAAGGUGAAGUGUGGUCUUUCCUUUCAGCCUUCUAGAGAGGAGCCCUUGGGAUAGCUAGGAAGUGGGCUGAGCUGCUGAGGAUGUGUGAGAUCCUCAACUAGGGCAGGCCCAGGCUAGGACCCACACAACUAAUGGGGCAGGAUCCCCAGUGAUGGGUAGAGGGUGGGUAUCAUGUCCGGAUCACCGUUGCAGUAGGUUCUGGGUAGGAAGACCGCUGGCAGAAGUCGGAAGCUCCAGACCCAUAGGUUUCCCUAAAGGCCUUCCUCAGUCUCCACUGCCAAAGAAGUAACCCCUUCAAAGGGAUGGUUUAGGAGUCAGGCUGGGGCAGGACCCUGUUGACUCAGGUGCCAGAGUGUCACUGAAGAAGAAAGAAGAUCCCUCCCGUCUCUCCCAGAGAUUUUAGCUCUCUGCUUCCCAUGUUCUGGACCCUUUAGGGAAGCAGCUGCAGCCCAGCCCCACUGUCUCUGGGGCCGGUCUUUCUGAAAGAGGUGAUGGUCUAUCUCCAUCACCUGGGACCAUAGCGGACAGGAGGCCCCUGCACAGGGACCCUGCUGACCUUGGCUUUCUCUAGCUCCCCAUUCUACCCACUCCUUCCCAGCUGCACUUUAACCCUAGGGCAGGGCAGGUAGUGAGAAGAGCCCUCUGUCCCCUGAUAUGCUGACACCAUGGUUUGUGUCCAGGGGGCUGCCAGCUCACCCCCUCCCUGGGGGUGCCCUGGUCCAUGGCUGUUUGACAAGAGCCUUAGAGCUUGUAACCAGUAGCCAUCUCCCCUGAACCCGAGUGUUCUCACGAAUAAAUGCCUUCAACGCCUCUA